AUGAAGACCGUCAAAAAAUUAAUUAUCGAGCGCAUGAGCAGCGUCGAUCAUUCAGACAGCGGCAGUGCAUCGCCCAGCGGCAGCAAGAAGCUCACCACAAACAAACAGCAAAAAGCUAGCAAUGGCGGCGGCGCGGGCGGCGGUGGCUCUUCAUCAUCCACUACGCCCAAUGAUACUCAACUAAUGCCGUACACUGGCGGUGGCGUCAGCGUCGUUGGCGACGAUGACGGUGGCACAGCAGAUACACCCAGCGCUGAAUUGCAGCCAAUGACCGGCGGCACCGGUGGUAGCCGUUCGCCAUCCUCUGCCGCUGCUGCUAUCAUUGGCAAUAAUAGCGGCUCUCCCACCACAUCCAACUCCUCACCUUUCAAUUUUACACCCAACACCACCACCACCACCACCACUGGUGCAGCUGGCGUCUCAAAUUCACUAUCCGCACCAGCUAUUAAACCACAAAAGAGUCGACGGAAAAUUUCAUUACCCUGGUUCCGACAAUCGAGUGUUGUGCAUAGUGGUUUGGCGCGUCAGUAUACUAUCGAUUCGCCCGGCUCAUUUCGCUUCUUUCGCCAGACGAGUAAUACAUUUAAG